CAACUCCAAACUGAACGCAGGUAAUAUGGGAUGGGAGAGAGAGUGGAGUGAAGGUGGAAAGGUUUCUGCGAACCGAAGCUCCUCCACAACAAACAUGUGGUGCGAUGACUUCAUUGGUCCGGCCCGAUCAACGGUCCGUGCAUCUAUCAUCACCAUGUGCGAAUCUCAACACCACACUUGGACAGGAAAUCUCGAUUGGAUAUAAACCGACAUCUAACGUCGACAACAUAGGGAGAGUCACUAUCGCUACUCAUUGUUUGUUGGAGAACGGGACGCUGCUUAUGUCUCUUUCUCUUCGGUGGUGAAGAUGGACUUCCGACCCCUCAGUCAAAUGGGCGAGACAGAUGACGAUCUCUUGCAACAUCCCUGGAGACCGUUCUAUUACAUCUUUGGUGGGAAACCGGCAAUAGUGAAGCAAAAUAACGACUACGAUCGCUGGGUCUUCACAGAACGGCCGCUAUUCGGACCGCUGCUAUUCGAGAAUGCGCAGAGUGAUGCCAGAGAUCACGCGGCUAACGAGAGGACAUUUCUGUCGUGGCUGCGGCUCUCAAUCUUUAUGGCUGUUGUAUCCGUGGCUAUAGUACUAUCGUUUCACUUGAAGCACAAACCUAGUGACAUUGAGCUCAACAUGGCCCUCCCCUUCGGCAUCAUCUUCUGGAUCCUAUCUCUCGCCUGCCUCCUCUCCGGUCUCGCAAACUACCUCCGCACCGUCUCGCGCUACAGCCGGCGCGCCGCCCUCGUGCAGGCAGGCUGGAAAACGCAGGUUUUAUUUACGGUUGUGGCGACGGCGAUCGUGGCCGCCUGUGUGCUGUUUUUGGCGACGAAUGCAAAGAGUUCGAGGUGAGUGUGAGGGAGCUAUGCUGGACUAUUUACCUAGUUAGGGUUGUUUUGAGCUUGGGUAAUGAGCUAUGAGGAUAUGAUAUUUACGGCCUUUAGGGACGACGAGACAAUGGCGAAGCAUUAUCAUUUAUCAUAUAUCCAUCUCCUUGAUGUACGAAGAUAUCAGCAUCUAUCAAUGAAUGCCAGAUAAUCAAGAGCGUUCUCGGAGAGGUUGUAUCGAUCAAACAUUUUCCUAUAAUAAU